CGUUCGUAGCGGUCGUUCGUCGUGACAGCAACAGCGGUGCGCGUGCAAACUGUUUAGAAUUUUGAUAUAUGUAUAAAUAAAUAAAGCACUUGAUAGAUAUUUGAGCAGCAGCCCAGUCAGUCAGAGUCAUACAUAUCUAAACUAAACACCGUGUGUGCACGAGACAGAUUAUUUUGGCAUAAAACGGCAGCUACAUUUCAAAAUCAACGCAAAUCGCAUUCGGUUUCAAUUAAAAGCAAACGUGUCGUCGGCAGCCAACAUCAUCAGCAGCAGCUACUAACUUAGUACGGAGCUGUAACAAAAAAAAAGCAAAACAGUCUGCAGAUUUCGUAAUAGCAACAAAAUCAUUUGCUUGUCGCGUCACGCAAAGAAUUCAAACGCAGGAGUAAAAUCAAAAUCAAAAAUCAGCUGAAGGCCCGCAUACAUUCAAACACACAUACGGAGCAACGCAAUCCCAAAGAGAAAUAGACACAAAUACAUCGAGAGCAGCGAACACACGGACAGCGAGUGAAAGUGCGCGUGUAUGUGUUGCUAUAUAUAAAAAAGAAGGCAAAAGAAAAUAGUUGUAUCAAUUAACUUGCGGUGUCAGCAGCACAUUUAAAAAGUAUAAAACGCCUAAAACGUCUGUAAGCCAUUUUGGUAACAGGCGAGCAACGCAACCCACAUAAAACAACAAAUAAUUAAUAUACAGCACAAUGAGCGGAUACUCAGACCUCACCAAACUGGAGACAAGUCGGAACUGCCUGCGUCGCAUCGCUCGCCACGAUGAGCAGCAAUUCUCCAAAGACAGCAUUGUCAAUGUUAUGGAGAAGUUUGUGAAGACUGUCAACAUUAUGGAUGAUACCAUACUGGUGCCAUGCAGGCUCAUGGAUCGUCAGAUCGGUGAUAGCACUGAUAUCCUGCCAGCUGCCACGGGCAAGGAUACAACCGCCAAUCAGUUGUCGCAGAGCUCCAGUGCCGAGGGCAAACGUGGCGCGACACAGUCGAAGAAUGUUCAAGAUUUUCUCAAUGCCUCCGAGCUGUUCAAUCUCUACAACAUGCUCAAUGCCCUGAAGAACGACCUGCUGUGGACGGCCAAUCAGGAUGACGACCAGGAAUCAGAGCAACAGCAGCAGCAACAACAACAACAACAGCAGCAGCAACAGCUCAGCCAAGUCGAGACCAAGACUGAGAACAACAGCAACAGCAGCAGCACAGGCAGCACAAGCUCAAGAGUUGUCAAGGGACAUGUGAGACGCACCUCGACCGCCUCGAUGAUGUCCACCACAUCGGUGAGCAACAUGAGCGACUCCGAUUCCGAUAUAUCGAAUGAAAUGGAUUCGGGUCUGGAGUCCGAUGGCAACAAGAGCGAUAAUGCACAGAGCAGCGAUGGCAGCGACAUUAUCGAUGCGUGCCCAUCGAAAUCCAAAUCCGCUGGCGGCGAUAAGGCCACCGAUUUGGCGAAACGCUGCAAGAGACAUUUGAAUGGUCUGUACCAGUGCCUGGAACAAAUGACAGAGGCGGCCAACUAUUUGACUGCCAGAUACCAAAGUGAUAUUGGACCCGUCUAGAGGGAUGUGUUGAUACUUGAUACAAGGGGGGUUAUGGGGGAUACAUUCUACAUACACACUACGUCUAUCUCUAUGUCUACACUACUACUACUACUAUUAUCUAUAUGCAUGUAUCAUAUAUAUAUAUAUAUAAAUCGUAACUCGGAUAUGUGUUUAAUCUAUUAUAUAUAGUACAACACAUAUGGAUAUGAAUAAUGUUGCGGGCGGGUUUUAAUCAAGAUGUGUGAAAGGGGAAUUGUAUAGGUAAUACUGAUAAAGAUUACGAUAUUGCGAUAACGAUUACAAUUACGAUAAACUAUGUACGUUAAGUCGAUAAAAGCCACACACACACAAAAUAGUCGUCGUUCUAUUCGUUAUUUGUAUUUUCUGGGUUGACGGGUACCAACAACAAACAAAAAAAAAAUCGAGAGUCGGGAAAUCAAAUGGGAAAACUAAGGAAAAACAAGAAUUGUCUGUGAAGAAAAAAAAAAGGGGCAGCAGCUCGACGUCUGUGUAUAUUGUAUUUGUAUAUGAUUUAAAAUAUGUUUAUUAUAACUGAUGAGAUAAGAUGAUGAUGAUGAUGAUGUUGAGCACAAAAUAAAAUCAGAGCAUUCCUUUAAAAAAUUAAAAAACAUAAAACACGCGCUGCCCCACACAACACACACACACACACACUCUCUUUUGGGUGUGGCUAUAAAGCGAUUGUAUACUCAAUAACUGCAAGUUGACCCCACGGGUGGAAAGUCACAGUCGAAUAGUCAAAAAACAAAAA